UCAUGGAUCACCAGACCCUGAACGUUUUUCACUUGAACAAACGAGAGAUGAACGUGAACAGCCAGGAGAGCAGCCCAGCAGGCAGCAGCCAGGAGGAGAGACUGUUAGAGGGAAACAGAGACUUACACCAAGAGGGUGACUCACACAGCUCAGGUCCAGAAGUCGGGGAGUCCUCUAACUCAGCGAGAAUGUCAUCGACAGAGCAGAUAGAGGAGCUUACAGAAACCUCGGCUGAUCCGGAGGAUCAAAACGACCAAGAAAAUGAGCUCUGUGAGGAAGGAACGCUUUCACUGACCGACUUAAACAGAUGCGGAGACAUGGACAGCCAGGAGAGCAGCCCAGCAGGCAGCAGCCAGGAGGAGAGACUGUUAGAGGGAAACAGAGACUUACACCAAGACGGUGACUCACACAGCUCAGGUCCAGAAGUCGGGGAGUCCUCUAACUCAACAAGAAUGUCAUCGACAGAGCAGAUAGAGGAGCUACAGUUAUUCUUGGUGGAUUCAGUGGAGCUAAAUGAGAGAGUACAUCAGGCCUGGGUGGAAGAGAGAGCGUCCUGUGUCCAACGCAUAGAGCUGCUGUCCCAAGAACUGCAAGAGCUUCAACUGGAGUUGGAGAGGACAAGUGCAUGUCAAGUCUCGACGCCGUGCCUCUGUUCUCUUCUUUGUAAACAAAAUAGGGUAGCUGCAAAGAAAAACCAAAAGCUCAAAGACAGAUGCAAGAAACUGAAAGGCCUCAGUCUUGAAACUCUCAAGCUGAAGCUGAUCGUUGAAGAACAGCUGCAGGAGUUAGAUGAAUGUGAGAACAAUCGCCAAAAAAUACAGGCAUGGAAGUCCGAGAAAAAGAGAAUGCUUGAAAGGAUAAAAGAGAAGGAAACACUGCGUAAGAGGCUCGCAGAGAUAGAAGAGGAGGAAGACACUUUGGUUUUAAAGUGUGAACGAGAAAAGCUUGCACGUGUUCCCUAAUCACCAUCAUCCUGGUGAAGAUUGUUCCUCUAAAGGACGUGAACUACUGGUGCUGGUGUGAGUGACAUGAAGCGGAAGUGAGACCGACGCUCUGAUUGGCUGCAGCAGGAGAUCUCCAUCCAAUCACACGCUCACAGUUUCCGGUCGCAGUGUUUAUCAGAUCUGUCCCCGCAGCGUCUCCGUCUCCUGUCCAAGUGUCCAC